ACCGUCGCUGACGGUUCAGAACUGUUUGAGACUUUAACCGAGACGUUUCUCCUGUUCGUAGUACUCGCGAUAGAAAUUUUUUGCGUGUGUAUCACCUCUCUAUUACCCCGAAAAAAGAAAAUCAGCAGGACUCGAAUCGGCGAAAAGUGUCUGUGUGUGUGUGGGUAGAUUCGUGUAACUAGGACUCGUUUUCUGCGGUUUUUUUUCUCGUUUCUGUGCGCUAUUCGGACACAAAAUAGCAGCACCGUUUCGUCGGUCGCGUGUUUUUCGUUCCCGAAAAGAACCGUGUGUAUAGUGUGAUGGUGGUGAAAUUUUCUCGUAUCCCAACUGUGACGUGAGCUUUCAAGGCCGCCACCUCCUCCAGGUUUUCGGGUGGAAGCCAUAUUUUUUGACAGGAAAACGAAUCCAAAACGUGUGAAGGAAAAUUUUCGCUUCUAUCUGCAGCAGGCAGGCAGCAUUCAUUGAGUAAAAUUGGUCAUCACGAAGAGGAACCGGACUGUCGGUCGAUAGGCUGGUUGGAUGGCCGGGGCUGGUGCGGCGAGGCAAGGGAACAAGUAGAAAAUUUCGGUGUGUGGCGUUUUCGUUGCUUUUUUUGUUCUGGUAGUGUUCUGUGUUCUACAUAAACGAAGUGGUGUCUUGGAUCGCCUCUUGCGGGCAAAGAAGUUGCGGUGUGUUUGUGUGAGUUUUUCUCGAGCGAGCUCGCUCGUACUGUGAAUUGCGAUACAGGAAGGAAGGAAUAAGAAGGAAGAAUACUGCCAGUGUUGGUGCUGCUGUUCGUUCGUUUCUUCCAUCGCACGCAGAGAAAAUCUGCUGCGGUGUGUUGUCAAAACAGAACGGGAAGAAGAAACGUCUGAAAGAGACAGAGAUUCCCCAAUACCCCCGGUAUCAGUUUAAGCGAACAAAUGGAAUCGAACUCGAACAGCUGCCCCCAAGGCCAACGGUGCUGCUGCACCCCGGCCAUUUUAGUGGUCAUCAUCGGAUAGAUUGCGUCACAUUUUCCAUGUGAUAGAAGAAAAAAAUAAAAUUGCCACCUCAUGAAUGAAUGUGUCAGUUUCUAUGCGCCCAGUGACGCUUGCCGCCUGUCGUCGUCGUCUGAUGGACGUGUGUUUCCCGAGGGCGAAACCGAAGGAUGAAGUGCUAUUCUUAGUGUGUGUUAAAAGAAAAAUUCGUAAAUGAAGAAGAGAGGCCGUGGAGCCGUUCAAAAAAAGUGUCUCUGAAUGUUGUUGAUCAGUGUUCUAGAACACGCCACUAGUGAAAAGAAAAAUUCACGCAAAUAUAAAAAGUUGAUUGCCAUUCUUUCAAGUGUUUGAUCCGGAAAAUAAAAUAAAAUGGAAUUUUACAAUCCAUCAUCGAGCGGCGAAGGGGGAAGCAGCGGUGAUGGGAUGCCACCCUUCGGAAACAACACCGGUAGUAGUCGCGGGGGCAGCAGUUCCCCGCUUUCCGUCGAACAGGUAAAGGAAAGGAAAAAGCAGCAAGCAGCGGCCGCAGUCCACCGGGAGUUGGCCGUGAUGGGACAAUCGGAAUAUCUGGAUGCGAUGUUGGAUGAUCUACUGUCCCCGGAACGGCUAAUUGCCGACGGAUUCAGCAUCGAGUGGUGCAAGUGGCUGAUCGCCGGCGGUCGGACACCCGAGGAGUUUGCUUCGAUAGUGCGCGGCUACGACAACCACGCCAAGUGCGGUCUCGUUUGGAUCCCCCACGUGGUAGCCUACCGGUGCCGAACGUGCGGUAUCUCACCCUGUAUGUCCAUCUGUCGGGAUUGCUUCAAACGGGGCAAUCACACCGAUCACGAUUUCAACAUGUUCCUUUCGCUGGCGGGCGGUGCCUGUGACUGCGGCGAUACCUCGGUAAUGAAAGCCGAAGGUUUCUGCAGCGAUCAUGGAAUCAAUAACCGACAAAAUAAGGCUCCCGUUCCUGACGAUCUGAUGGUGGUUGCGGAAGCGAUGAUGCCUCGGUUACUACUGCGAUUGCUGCUGCACUUCCGCAAUCACAGUGCCAAGAUGCACAAUUCGGCGGUAUUCAGUCGGACGGCAAAGUACUGCGACGAUUACUGUAGCAUGCUGAUGGAGUUCAACAAUAUGGGUGAACUGAUGCGGCGGGUUAUGACCAAAGCACUGAUAGACGAGGCAACCUAUCGGAGGCUGGUAGAGCCUCCGUUCGCUUCCAAUCAGUAUGGGAGUCUGCUCGAACAAAGUCGACGAAAGUAUGAGGAUGCGGUACGCUUAUUUCCUUCGCCGGAACCACCCGACGAAUACCGACAUCUGCCGGCGCUGGGAGAGAAAAUUAUGCACAAGACUCUGCUGGAAGAGUUCAUCUUCUGGACGUUCAAGUUCGAGUUUCCGCAGAAUAUCGUUUGUUUUCUGCUGAACAUGUUGCCCGAUCAGGACUAUAAGGAACAUCUCACGAGAACCUUCGUGAUGCAUUACUGCAGGAUACCGAGUGUGUUGGAGAUGUCCAACGAUCCGGAUACGCUCAGCAAUCGGGUGGUUCACAUGAGCGUUCAGUUGUUCUCGAACGAAAGCCUCGCACUGAAGAUGGUGGAAGAGUUGAGUUUGUUGCACGUGAUGAUUAUCAGUAUGCGACAGAUGAUGUCGAAGAUUCUAACGCCGAACACGUUGCAUGACCCGGACAAAAACUUCCACUAUGUGGUGGACUGUGCCAAGCGGGUGAUGAAGGAUCACUGCUACUGGCCGCUGGCAUCCGAUUUCAAUAAUGUCCUGUCGCACGAAUCGGUCGCGCUGGUGUUCCUCAAGGACGACAAUCUGAUCGAUAUGUGGUUCCAGUUUCUGUCGAUGCUGCAAGGCAUGAACGUUAACAUCCGGGAGACGGGCAGCCACGUCGAGAUCGAACCGAACCUCUACACGGCCGCAUUCAGCUGUGAGCUGGAAGCCAGCGCUUACCCCAUGUGGUCCAUAAUCUCACACCUGAAGGACCCCUCGCACGCUCCGCUGGCGAAGAAGUUUAUGCUCUUCUGCGUCAACUAUCUGCAGGACUGGCUGGAUGCGGUCAAUUUCUAUCUGCAUCCGAAGUUUGAUAAGGAUGAACUGUAUCGGGCAUCGUUUCACUUCCCGUUGCAUCGAUACCUGGCGGCGUUCAUCUGCCAGGGUGUGAAACGGAUGGGAAUGUCGCUGAGUGAUAUCCUGCCAUCCGCGGAUCUGCUGCCGAUGCUGAUGAUGCAUCCGCUGCGGGUACAGAGCCUCUUCUACGAGAUCCUGUCCGGGAUCUGGGUUCGCAACGGGCUCCAGAUGAAGGGCCAAGCGAUGACCUACCUGCAGGCGAACUUCUGCAACUCCAUGGUCGACAUGGAUCUGUUCUUUCUGCAGAUCUGCGCCACCCAGCUGCCGGCGAAUCUGUUCCUCACCGAUUGCAUCUCGAUCUUCGGUGUUUCCGAGUGGCUUGGGAUGGGAGUACUUAGUGCACCACAGGAAAUGGGACAGGAUUCGAUGCUGGAGGGACUGCUGACGUUUCUGGCGACGUUGAUCACUUCCCGGGUUAACCUGGGGAACGACGAAAAGACGCAGUGUAUUAUCGAGAUCAGUGCCCUGCUGGCGACCGGGGAUAAGACGCACAGUCAGCUGCUGGAGUUGAUGCCGGAGAGGAGUUUGAAUGCGCAUACGAGAAAUUUUGAAAAGUUCUUGAAGGAACUGUCGGUGUACCGGCCGCCGCCGGUCGGGUCGGAAAAUUUGGAACAGGGUUUGUUUAUGCCGGUGGAGGAAGUUUGGGAGCGGUACUAUGAUCCGCUUCAUGUGCUGCUGAGGGCAGUUCAUCGGAGAGAUUUUCAGAACUCGAUGGACCGGUUUGGUGGAUACGUGAAGGGUGUGGGAAAGAUGCCGAAGAGUAGGAGUCUGUGGCCACCGUUUCGGUUGCCGAGUUCAUGCGGAAAGGUUUACAGUGAUCCGGCUAGUGUUUUAAGUUCGCGGGUACUGCAUGCGAUGCUGUUGGCGAUCUUCUACCGGGCUGUUCAUACGCACAGCGUUUCUGAACAUAUGCUGGCGUUGGCUGUGUUUCUCCUGGAGAUGGCUGUGUGUAACUGUGAGACUAAUCGGGACAGUGGAAGUGAGCUGGAGUGUAGAGGGUCGGGAACAGGUAACCGGCGGCGAGUUUCGGAGGAAAAUCGAGAAACGGUUCCGGAGCUUUUGAAUUGUUAUCCGAGUAAUUGCUUGAGUGAAAAUUUGAAGAUGACGAUCAAGAGGAUAUCGCUACUACCAGGGGAACCACAAGUUCUGCCAGCAAACUAUCAAAAUCAGAGCACGGGAACUCCAACGUUUGACAGUGAUGUAGAAUGGGAGCUGUCGGAAAGUGAAACGCUUCCGAUGUUGGUUGGCAGCGUGGACAAUGAGUACGAGCAGCGUCUGAACAGCGGAGUAGGAGGAGGUGAGGUAGCAAUACCACAGGAUUUGUCGGUGGUUCGUGGAAGUUCCCUAGCUAGACGAAUGGACGACGACGAUGACGAAGAUAUGGAUCGAAUGAUUGUAGACGAAAGAAUCCAAUCGCUUCCGCCGAUAAGUCAAAGACCAGCUCUCACAUUGGUGGAGUACCAUAAUAACAACAACAACAAUGACAGCAAUACCAUGCCUAUUGUUCCGGGAGGACGACUACCACUCCCGGCACUACCUUCUCCCGGUGGUACCGUGGUAAUUCCUCGCGUCACCAGCGAAAUCUACAACGAAACCAGCAUGGAACUGGUGAUUCGCCAUGAUUUUCCCUUGGUUCCUACCCAAAACUCGGCUGUGAAUGAGACCACGCGGACUACGACUCCGGACAUGACGAUGUUCUCGUCUUCCGUCCCGGCAAACGCCGGUCUCAUGCUUCCCUUCAAUCGUGUUCAACCGGUUGCAGUUCCUAGAAGACCUCAGUUGCCGGCCCCCGUCAAUACGACGACUACGGUGGCUAAUACAGGUGGCGCAGCGUCAACGGCCGCAGGCCGGGCCAACUACCAGCUAGUACAUCAAAUACCAGCAGGACGUCUACGGCACAAACGCCGUAAUAUUGAAGCUCUCGAAGGAAACGCCCACGAACCGGACACGGUUCGAAUUGAGGAGAGCAUUCUGUCGCUGCUUCUGAAGCUGCACUCCCAGCUUAGUGGAACCCUGGAUAGUUUCUCACUGGAGGAUGAUGAUGAUGCUCCAGAGAACGAGGACGACAUCGUAAUGGAUCAGGAUGACGAAUCCAGCUCUUCUAGUCACCAGCAGCAGCAGCGCAUAAAAGUAUCCGAGUCACGAAUCGGCGAUGGACCGUUCUUCAUCGGCAAUCUGCUGCGAAGAAUUGCUCGGUUGGAUGAGAGUUGUGCUCGCAGGAUCGACGAAAUCCGACAUGCGCUGUGGCCUAACCAAAGAGAGCGUCAGGCAGAGCAGAAGGCACGGGAGACUAAGGAGCGGGAGGAGCGUAGUAAAAGAGCUAAAGAGCGGCAGAAGAAGAUGAUGGAGGAAUUUGCUAGCCGGCAGAAAGCGUUUAUGGAGCAGGCGGCAGCAAAUAUGGAUUGUUUUGAAGGGGAUGAAGAUGAGGAGGAGGAGAUGAUUGAGAUGCCACGGGAGAAGGAGUAUGACUGUAUUAUUUGUAAUACGACUGAGCCGAGUACGGAACUGAAACCGAUUGGGUUAGUGGUUUUGGUGGAGUCUAGUAGUAUUGUGGGUCAUCGAAGGAAAGAAAGUGAACGUUGUCCGCUGCCGGUGAACGACGACGACAAGAUCAGACUGGAACGGAACGUGAAGAUGUCUUCGGAGUUUAACAAACGGGUAGAUCUUUUGCAGCAGAGGUUUGGCAAGACUGCCUGGUAUCAGUCGCAUAAUAUUGGUUGGGAAGGAGGUGUCCACGUGCAGUCCUGCGGCCAUCACGUGCAUUUGGCCUGUCAGGAUUUGUAUCUUAAAUCUUUGCACACUUCGCCGCGUCCUCAAAAUCUGGACGUCGAGCGGGGCGAAUUUUUCUGUCCUUACUGCGGACAGCUGGCAAAUUCUGUGCUUCCGUUGAGCCCUUCGCUUGAACGGCCGAUUCUAACCACUCGUGCACCGACGCCUCCAUUUGCCACUCUAGUCAACGAAAUAAUGAAUUUAAUCAGGGAAAACAAGCGCCCUCCGACGACCACCAAAUUCUACGAAGCCAUGGAAAACAUGAUCAGCUGUACGCAGCGGAACAUCAAACGACACCCGGACAUACCGCAGAGUGCCUUCGUGAUCUCGAUCGCUCGCAUCAAUCUGGAAUCGGAGGUAAUCCAGCGCGGUGGUUCACUCUGUACGCAGAAGGACCUCCGCUACAAACCCAAGCGGGACUGUAUUGUUCCGCUGCUGCACGUCCUAUCGUUGCACAUUCGCCGCCGAAUGAGUGACGAUGCACCGGUUCGAUUCAAACUGGACGAUGAGUGGACGGCGUGGCGACUGUGGGAAACCUUGACGGGGGUCGACAUCGGUACGUCGACCAGUAACAGUGGCGGCAGUAGCAGUAGUUCGUCCAGUGCAGCAGUUGCCGCACCGGUAGUAGCGGAUCUCAUCCCAGUCUUGCUGAGCGAUCCUUGUGCGAUGAUGUUGAAGUUUAUUCUGCUGGCGCCGUUGCAUCUGGAGCAAGUGUAUUUCACCUGCAUCGUGAAGGUAAUGUACAACCUGCUGUACUACCAAAUCGUCCUACAACUGUGCACCCAACUAACGGAGGACGAUUGCGAUCAGCUGCUGGAGAAAUACUCAUCCGGCGGAGAUUCACCACCUGCAGUAGUCCGUGAGAAAGGCAUCCCGUGUGUUGGCGCAGCAAUGGCCUUCCUCCUAGCAAAUCUCGAUCGUUGUCGCAGAAUUCGCCUAGAAACCGGUACCGGUACCCCGAACGGAGCUACCGUCCUAUCACCCCGGCCGCUCGAUCUAGGCGUCCUAGAGAAAGAUCUUCAGCGAAUGUGUCUACCGUUUCUGCGGGUAGCCGCUCUACUCAGGCACCAUAUCUAUCAUUCCGAAAUACCGGAGAUCCCUGGACCGCACUGGGAGUUUAGUCGGUUGGUAUACUACCUGGAACUAGUCACCGUCAGUAUGGAUUUGGAUAAGUUCAACGCCAGUAAGGCGCUGUGUUUUAUACCCGGAUCGGAACUGGAACUUCCGAAGUUCUGGUGUGAUCAGUUGGCGCUGUCAACGUACGAAUCGAUACGGCCGCUGGUACUGACUCAGCACAUGGAAUGGCAACAACCGAAACUGCUUCGCUUACCACGCGAGUACGAGCGGUUGUUUACGUACUAUCACGAACAACCCUGUCUCAAGUGCCAGAAUGUACCGAAGGAAAGUUCAAUCUGUUUGCUGUGUGGUACGAUUGUAUGUUUGAAGCAGGCCUGCUGCAAGGAACAGGACUGCUGUGAAGCCGUAAGGCAUUCCAUCAUCUGUGGCGGAGGGACAGGCAUAUUCCUAAUGGUGACUUCGACGUACAUCAUCAUAAUCCGAGGUCGCAGAGCUUGUCUGUGGGGUUCAUUGUAUCUAGAUGACUACGAUGAAGAGGAUCGCGAUUUGAAACGCGGCAAACCACUCUACCUAAGUGAAGACCGUUUCAACCUGCUCGAAUCGCAGUGGUUGUCGCAUCGAUUCGCUCACACCAAACACACCUGGGUGUGGCAUCGAGAUUCGCUGUAGAAUCAAACGAAGAAAAAAACCGUUUCUGGACGAUGUAUGCGAGUGUGGUGAGUACGUGUAUGUUUGUUUGUAUGUAUUCCCUCUGCCUCUGGUUGGCAUUGGAGAGAAAAAAAAACUAUUAAAAACUAAGAAACGCAAAUCGUUGAGAUUUGGGAAGGUAAAAUAAGUUAAUAUGACCGUUAUUUAACCAAUAAGUCAAAAACAUUCAAUCUAUAAUGAUACAUAUAGAGUAACGUAUAUAAAUUUCUUGCUUUGUGAUAUUGUGUAACUGUUGUAAUGUAGAACAUCCUCUAUCUCUCUCUCAAGCGAACCCCUCAACAAAGUAUCUAGGAUGCAAUCUCACUUCCUAACCGUUAGUAGCUAUUAAUAGACGAUAGUUAAAUUGUACAUUAAUCUAAGCAUUCAGCAGCUCGUACGAAUAUAACUCCAGGAAGGCGCUGUUCUGUUGCGAUGAAUUCGUUUCGCGGUUUGGUUUCAACACUCGAAAAUGACGUUUGCUCAAAUCAAAAAACGGAAUUGUGGCGAGAAACCACACUUCCCAGGGAUGGCCUUAGAAAGCAGACUUUGUAUAGGAUAUAUUAACGAAUUAAGUAGGAAUGAAAUGCAAAGCAAACUGACUCUAGGAUUUAACAAAUUGUAGCCACAACACCACCUUUUCGGAGGGGGAGUUAAUCUUCCGCGAUGCUGUGGCCCCCGUGGUGAUUGGUGAGCGAGAGCAAGUGAGAAUAUUGUGUAAGCGUUGACCGUUUUUUCCUGUUUUUUUUUCAUAACACACGAUUAUUACAUUAGUUAUUCGAUUUGUUACUAAUGAUGAUGCUUAGAUUACCGCGCUAGGGCUGUUUUGAAAUAGUUAUUAUCGGAAGUGUCUCUCGAAUAUAGUCGCAAACGUCCUUCCCCCUUCGAAACCGUAUCGUUCCGGGUUGCACGAACACAAAGCUCGCUAGAGAGUGGUUUUGUUGUGAGUCAAACCGGGUGAGACGGGAUAUAGCACGAACAGAACGAAACACUCAUGUUACGAUUAUGUGAAACAAUAAAACCAAUAAUUAAUGUAUGAAGAAAAAA